AUGUCAUCCCAGAACCAGUUUAAUAUUCUUCAUAAAUUCAAGGGGAUUCUCUUUUCCGCUAUGUCUUCUGAAGCACUUCUAAAUUCUUUGGAUUCUUUUGAUGCAAGAGAAGAUGAUGUGUUUCUGGUGUCCUACCCAAAAUCUGGCACUCAUUGGAUUGCAGAAGUUAUUGAGAACAUUCCUAAUGCUGGAAUUACUUUAACAUCUCCCAUUGAAUUUGGAGACGUUUCUAAAUUUGAAGAGCUAAAAAUGUAUUCUAAGAGAAGAGUAAUUCCAACACAUUUGAGCUACGAUAUGCUCCCCAUGAAUAUUAAACAAAAGCAAUGCAAGAUUAUCUACAUUGUUAGGAAUCCAAAAGAUACAGCUGUUUCUCUAUUCCACUACUACAAAGAUAACCCUAACCUCCCCUGCAUUGAAACAUGGGCUACAUUUUUAGAGCUGUUCCUAAGAGGAGAUGUUGUGUAUGGAUCCUGGUUUGAUCAUGUUUUAAACUGGGAAGAGCACGAAAAUGACAAAAACAUUCUAAUUAUAUUCUAUGAAGAAAUGAAGGAAGAUCUUUUUAAAAGCAUAAAGAAAAUAGCUACUUUCCUCGGUAUAAAUGUGAGUGACAGUGAAGUUAAUAAGAUUGUUCGGAAAACAUCAUUCAGUGAAAUGAAAAAUAAUGCAGCCAAAAUAAACUGUGACCCAAAUCAUACCAUCUGUGCCCUCACAUCCAACAGGAACCUGGUAUUCAGGAAAGGCGCAGUGGGUGAUUGGAUAAACUACUUUACUUCAAAGCAGAAGAGAGUAUUUGAUGAGCUAUUCAGAGAGAAAAUGAAACACAGUGAACUGGCAAGACACUUUGAGGACUACUCUUAA